UAGGGAUUUUCUGAGGGAUUUUUGAGGGAUGUGAUGUUGGUAUGACAUUUCUACACCUGCAUGUGUGACCUUUCAACUCAGCCACAUCACAAGGCGCUUUGAAGUGACCGCAGGAGCACACGCGGAGAUGACAGUCCAACAUGGGUUAAAAAGCUGGGACGGGAGAUCACACCACUACACAACUUUAGCGGAACUACAUCAGCAUCUCUGAAUGCAUGUAGGUGAAUAGACAAGGUGCAGUCUCACAAGAGAAGCAGUGAAAUCAUUGCAGAAUAAAUUGAGCAGCCCAGAGCAGUACAGAACAGAGACGUGAUCAGUCUCAUGCUGCAGGUUGUGGCUAUGAGAUGGAAGCUGGAAAAGUGUACAGCAGCAACACUGUGCUUCAAGCUAGAAAAGCUGUGGAGCAGCUGAGACUGGAGGCCAACCUGGAAAGGAUCAAGAUCUCAGCUGCGGCUGCUCAGCUCGUGCAGUACUGUCAGGAGCACCGGCGUGGAGAUCCACUGCUCACAGGCAUCGCUGCCUCAUCCAACCCAUUCAAGGACAAGAAGACUUGUGUAAUACUGUGAGAGUACAGAACCAUGUCUAUUAUAUGUACAUAUGAAUAAAGGCAAUGUAUUAAUAUAUUUGUAUUUUGCAUGUCACCUAAUAAUUUUUUACAGUUUUUUUUUUUGCUGUGCUAACUCUCUCACUGAAUCCUAUGUAACAGGGUUUUAUCCUCAUGCUUUAUUAGACCAUAGCCUAUUUGAACUAGCAUGAAAAUGUGAGACCUCAGUUUAAUUUUAUAAGUUGCUCUGGAUAAGUUGCUGUAAAUUUAAAGGUAAAUGUAAAUGUAUCAACACUUACAUUCUGAUUUUAAAAGUGUUUUGCACGGACGCUUACAAAUUAUUAAUGCUUGUAAACGUCCUGUGUAACGAAUUCAGACCACUAGCCUAGACCGUAAUUUAAAAAUAAAAACUUUGACAGAGAGAGAUUAUGAAAGGUUGCAUACUAUAGAGACUGAAUAACUGAGAGACUGAGAGUAACUGAGAGUAACCAACUCCUAACAAAUUGAAUUAUUUCAUCUAACAUACUG